UGGUAGUGAAAAUAGUGAGAAUAAGUUAUUUUAAGAUAAUCAUAUGUAUCCAGCAUUUCAGAGAAAAUGUAUUGAAAUUUAAAUUCUUGUUAUGGAUUUUGACGAUAAAAGGAGGCAAUUUUUUUCGUCCUUAGUGGCGGGAGCAAUUGCUGGUAUGUCUGUUGAUUUAGCUCUAUUCCCACUUGACACCGUUAAAACUCGAUUACAAAGUCAGUUUGGUUUUCAAAAUUCUGGUGGAUUCAAGCAGUUAUAUCGAGGCUUAGGAUCAGCCAUGAUUGUCUCAGCUCCUAAUGCUGCUGCUUUUUUCAGUGUAUAUGAAUACUCUAAAGUUGCCAUGAACCAUCAUCUAACGGACCCCACUUUAAUCAAUAUGACUUCAGCAUCACUAGCUGAAACAGCAGCAUGUCUUAUUCGAGUCCCUGUUGAGGUUGUCAAGCAGAGAACACAAGCUUCAAAAGUUUCUUGGAAUAUUAUUUUAAAACAAGCAUUGAGAGAGGAUAAGUUGAUAGGAAUGUAUCGAGGAUUUUUAUCCACUCUUUCCCGUGAUAUACCUUUUGCAUUGAUCCAGCUGCCACUUUGGGAGCAUCUUAAAAAAAUUUGGGCCAAGUUUAACGAUAAACCUAUUAGCGCUGUAGAGUCCUGUAUUUGUGGCUCUUUGGCCGGUUUAUGUGCCGCAAUCGCAACAAAUCCAAUUGAUGUGGCCAAGACGCGUAUUAUGCUCGCCAAAAAAGAUAAUAAAUAUGGCAGAGUUAAUUUCUUAGCUGUAAUUAGUUUAAUAUUCAAAGAAUCAGGGUUUAGAGGAUUAUAUUCUGGAGCAUCUCCUAGGAUACUCUUCAUUACCAUCGGAGGGGCAGUUUACUUAGGAGGCUAUGAUUUUUACAAAAGUACUGUCGAUCAAUUUUUCUUAAAAUUUUAGCUAAAUUAACGAUAAAUAAACAAUUUAUAAACGCAAUAUAGUUUUUUGUAACUCAAGAAAAUACAUCUAUUCAUGUAUC